CGUUGUAAGAAUUGUCGUGACAUGCGUCGGUGUCAAGAGAACAUGGAACCUUUGUGAUAGGAUGAGAAGUCCAGUACCACGAUUCAGGGACGUUGAGAGACAGGGGAGCAACCUGCAACCAGAGCAGUGCGUUCCUCCCUGUCAUGAUACACUGAACACCAUGUGGUUCAUUCGCGAUGCCUGUGGCAUAGCGUGUGCGAUUAUCACCUGGCUGCUAGUCUUCUAUGCAGAGUUUGUUGUGCUGUUUAUCAUGCUCCUGCCAUCCAAAAGCCUGACUUACACCGUGAUAAAUGGAACUCUCUUCCAUGGACUGGCCUUUCUCGCACUGGCAUCUCAUUUCCGAGCCAUGUGCACUGACCCUGGGGCUGUGCCCAAGGGAAAUGCCACAAAGGAAUACAUUGAGAGCCUUCAGCUGAAGCCAGGCCAAGUGGUGUACAAAUGUCCAAAGUGCUGCAGUAUCAAGCCUGACAGAGCUCACCACUGCAGUGUUUGCAAACGAUGCAUUCGAAAAAUGGACCACCACUGUCCAUGGGUCAACAACUGUGUUGGUGAAAAUAACCAGAAGUACUUUGUGCUAUUUACAAUGUACAUUGCACUAAUCUCACUGCAUGCCUUGGUUAUGGUGGUCUUCCAUUUUCUGUACUGCUUUGAAGACGACUGGACAAAGUGCAGCACCUUCUCACCUCCAGCGACUGUCAUUCUCCUCAUCCUCCUGUGCUUUGAGGGCCUCCUCUUCCUCAUCUUCACCUCUGUGAUGUUUGGCACCCAAGUUCAUUCCAUCUGUACAGAUGAGACGGGCAUAGAGCAGUUGAAAAAGGAAGAGAGAAGAUGGGCUAAAAAAACUAAAUGGAUGAACAUGAAGGCGGUUUUUGGACACCCCUUCUCGAUAGCAUGGUUUAACCCGUUUUCCACACCUGAUCAUGGAAAGGCUGACCCUUACCAGUAUGUGGUCUGA